UGAGGCGUCAACGCGUCCUUAGAAGGAGACGGAAGUCCUUCGGUGUUGUUGUGACUGGUGAAAGUCCCAAAACUAGUCCUGAAGAAUGCUGGAUGAUAGUUUGAGCCAAGUCAAGCCGAUCGACAUCUGCAAGUUCAUCCUCAACACCGAAAGUUAUCUGGAACACAAACUUGCACGUUUAAGUGUGUGACGUGGACGUGUGUAAAUGUGACAACAACUAGGAUUUUAACAUUGUGGACUUCAAAACAUCCACCAACACCUCACUGAGCCAGCAGGUCAGCAUGGACGCGGUCAAGCUGUCGGUCCGUCCGUCCAGAGGCCUGGUGGACGAGAAGUUUGUCAUCCUGGUCCAGAACGCGCCCCCCGGCGUCCAGCUCACCGUCCACGCCUUCCACCGCUGCGAGGACGGACACAGCUGGGAGGCGUUCGCUCACUACGUGUCCGACGCCAGCGGCUCCGUGGACGUCUCCAAAGAUGUCAGCCUGGGGGGCACGUACUCGGGACUGGAGCCCAUGGGUCUCCUGUGGAGCCUCAGACCGGUUCCAGGCAGCCAACGUGGACUCAGGAUGAGGAAGAUGAAGGUGCAGACCCCCAUGGAGGUCACCAUCUCCGUGCAGCGGGGUCACGGCACUCAAGGCUUCCUGGACCAGGUGGCGCUGGCCUCCCAGGCGGUGGAGCGCUGGUACAUAGCGCCCGGCGUCCGCCGGAUCCCCGUCACGACGGACGGACUGUCUGCGACCCUCUUCCUGCCCUCAGGACCCGGACCUUUCCCCGCCAUCCUGGACCUGUGGGGGGGCGGGGGCCAGCUGGUGGAGUACCGAGCGGCGCUGUUGGCCUCACACGGCUUCGCCUCGCUGGCCCUUGACUACCUGAACUCUAAGAUCACCACGGAAACGGGCAAGAUGGCAGACAACACCUACUUUGAGACGACCUUCAGGGUCCUGCAACAACACCCACAGGUGCUCGCCGACCGCAUCGCCAUCUUGGGUCUCUCCUUCGGCUGCACCAUCACGCUCAGGAUGGCGGCAUACUCGCCCGUUGUCAAGCCCAGGUGUGUGGUGUGCAUCAGUGGAAGUCACGUGCAGCCAGUUGAUGGAACGCUGGAAGACAUCUUUGCUUUCUACGCCCAGCACAACAACAAGAUGGAGUUCAACGAGGAGAACGAGACCAUCAUGAGAAAUAUUCUGCUGCCCAUCACAGCCGACCCGGCCCUCAAAGUGGACAUGGGUCGCGUGCACUGUCCCGUGUUGCUGGUAGUGGGCCAGGACGAUCAGAACUGGUGCGCCUGCGAGUCCGCUCUGGACAUGAAGGAGAUGAUGGAGCGUGCGGGGAACAGCCACCUGCUGACCGUUCUGUCCUACCCCGACGCCGGUCACCUGAUCGAGCCGCCGUACUCGCCGCACACCCGGUCCAGCUCCUUCCGCAGCGUCGGCAGCCGGCAGAAGAUCACCGCCCUGUGGGGAGGACAAUGUGCGGCUCACGCGCUCGCUCAGGAAGACUCGUGGAAGAAGACGCUGGCCUUCCUGCGUGAGAAUCUGUACGCCGCUCACUAGCGCCCCCUGUGCCCGCCCACUGAACAACAACCAGCUAAU